AGUUGGAACUUCUCAGAACACUCCACAGAGACGACAACGAAGACCACGAGGAAGAAAGAAGAAGAAUAUUCAAACCCUAAUCAAUCAAACCAGAUUCCUUUCUAAGUUGCAGAAGAAUAAUUUAACGAAUCCUAACCAUUUUUCCCUCGAGAAAAACUCCUCUUUUUGCGAUACCUGCAAUUCGUUCCGAUUGCGAUGAAGCCGAGUAAAUCGAGAUUAUGGCUUGUCCUGUCGAUUCUGCUCGCUUUGUCUCAUCACGCGAUCUGCGCUCGUCGUUCCUCUUCCGACGAGGCGUACGUGACGCUUCUGUACGGGGAUGAGUUCUUAUUAGGCGUUAGGGUUCUCGGGAAGUCGAUUCGCGACACCGGAUCCGUUGCGAAGGACAUGGUAGUUCUCGUCUCCGAUGGCGUCUCUGACUACGCCAAGAAGCUCCUCGAGGCUGAUGGUUGGCUUGUGGAGCCCAUUAGUUUAUUAGCAAACCCUAAUCAAGUGCGACCAAAACGGUUUUGGGGAGUCUACACAAAGCUAAAAAUAUUCAAUAUGACAAAGUACAAGAAAGUGGUGUAUCUUGAUGCUGAUACAAUAGUUGUUAAGAGUAUUGAAGAUUUGUUUCAGUGUAGGAAGUUCUGUGCUAACUUAAAGCAUUCAGAAAGGCUCAACUCAGGAGUUAUGGUAGUGGAACCAUCUCAAGUGGUUUUUAAUGACAUGAUGAGCAAAGUAAAAACUUUACGUUCUUAUACUGGAGGAGAUCAGGGGUUUCUUAACUCUUACUACACAGGCUUUGCUAAUGCGCACCUUUUUGAGCCAGACUUGAAAAAGGAAGUGUUAGAUUCUAGACCAGUUCCUGAGAUGGAGAGACUGUCAACUUUAUAUAAUGCAGAUGUUGGUCUUUACAUGCUUGCAAACAAGUGGAUGGUGGAUGAGAAAGAACUUCAUGUUAUUCAUUAUACACUUGGCCCUCUUAAACCAUGGGAUUGGUGGACAUCUUGGCUUUUAAAGCCUGUUGAUGUCUGGCAGAAUGUUAGAGAAAAGCUUCAAGAGUCUCUUCCUGGUACCAGUGGGGGAAGAAAUCCUAACGAUGAACUUCUAGUCAAACUUCUUUUUCUGCUGCCAGUUUUUGCUUUACUAUUCUGUUAUUAUUGGUCUUUUCUUCAGACACGUUCCUUAUGCAAUCACAUUAGGCACCUUUACUACAAGUUCAGAUCUAGGGGUGCCCUGGCUUAUUCAUCUGUUUCUUCUUCUACUGUUGAUUCCAACCAUGAGUACUCAAAUGGAGCACAGUCAAAGGUGCCUGUGUUUUUGGGUGGCCUUUCUGUUUUCAUCUGUUUUGCGGCUGCUGUGGUCUCCCUUGCACUUGCACUUGCAAUUGUCCCUCGGCAAGUAAUGCCGUGGACUGGGUUGAUCCUGAUGUAUGAGUGGACAUUCACACUCUUCUUCCUAUUGUUUGGAAGUUAUCUACACUUGAUUUAUAAGUGGGGAAUAAUGAAGGCAAAUCAAGUGGGAUCAUUUGCUUCUCGUCCUGGAUCUUGUGAUUAUGAUUUGCAAAAAGGUCAUCGGCAGAAGGUAUCUUGUGAUAUUGAUACAUGUUAUUAUGGGCUAGGAAUGAUAUUUCUGGCUAUUGCUGCUCCUUCUUUGCCUUGUUUUUUCGGGAUCACUGCUCUGUUCUUAAGGUUAGGUUUGAUGUUUUUGGGUGGCCUAGUUUUGGCGUCUUUCAUGACGUAUGCCUCAGAACACCUCGGAAUUAGAUUCUUCUUGAGAGGUCUUGAAGAAAAGGACAUUCCACUGACAAAUAGAAUGUGUUUCUUAUGCUGAUUGGAGGCUUGAUUCCAAUGGUGUAAGCUACGAAGAGCAGGUACCCUUUGUCUUCCAUUUUUUUCGGAAUCUGUAACCUUAUUAACCUUUAUUCCCCCUAAUUGAGUUGUAAUUUAUUGGGGAUUUUGUUAGCUGUAGAUAUUGUAUUCUUUGUCUUCUGUUGUUUCAGUAACUAGGGGUCAUAAUCUUUCCUACUUUGUAAACAGAGAUUAAUCUCCAUUUAAGUGAAAGAAGAUAUUUGUUAAUGCUCCAAA